GCAAAUACCUGAAAGCUUUCAGCAGCACUUUCAAGAUGCACCCGAAUUUAGCCAGCACGUUUGGAGUAUUUUGCAUCUUCUUACACAUGUUCCUGCAUUCAGUCAACGGUAGAAUCCUGCGCAGAUCUUGUGGAGACUACGCAAACUUCUCAUAUGUAGAGCAGGAUAAAGUUUUGCAGGGAGAGAAAAUAACAACAGUAAUUGUUCCAUCCGAAGAAGAAUGCGAACUUGCCUGUGUUGAUGAGCUGCAAUGCAAGUCAAUAAACAUAGAAAAGAGUAAGAAAGCCAGAAGGUGCGAGCUCAACAAACGCUCUACUGCAGAUGCUUCAGACGGGGUAGCACUAACGCCAAAGCAAGGUUGGGUGUACAAGUCAACGAGCUUUACUGAAAAUCUGAUUGGGCACAUGUGCAGGAAACUCAAUCCAUGCGAACCGGAGCAUUUGUGUCUCGAUGUUUGCUAUUCCCCUGGAUACAAGUGCACCCAUUGCAAGGAGCUUCCACUUGGCAUGCCGUGUGUUAGAUCAAUCAGUAACAUUGCAUUUGGGAAAAGUACUUCACAGUCAUCGACGUACGCUCCGUAUUCAAGCGCCAAUGCGGUUGAUGGAGGCAGAACUGGCGUUUGGAGUUCAGGUGGUUUUAGCAGAUGCAUGCACACACAAGCGCAAAGACCUUGGUGGUCUGUAGACUUUGCUGGAAAUGCAGUUGUGUAUUCAGUUACAAUAUACUCAAGAUUAGAUUGCUGUUUUGAACGAGUCAGUGGUCUGCAUGUAAAGCUUGGCAACAAAAAUGCGUCCAAUGCAAAUACAAUAAUUUGGACUACACCCACUUUUUCUUUAAGUCAAACAAAGCGAACGAAAGAAUUCAGCCAACCGAGAAAAGGAAAGUUUCUUUAUGUGGAGUCGCAGGUAGACAACCAUUUAGAUUUUUGUGAGGUUGAAGUAAUGGGAUACCUUGAAUAAACUGUUUACCUAUACCUAGGAAGUGAUGGGAUACCUAGGUAGACAACCAUUUGGAUUUUUGUGAGGUUGAAGUAAUGGGGUAUCUUCAAUAACAGAUGAAAAAACCUUUUAUAAGGUUACCAAAAGAAAAAAUAACUUGUAUGAAACAAUCAUGUUUACAGCUAUAAUAUCAGCACUCAAGUUUUGUAUAAAUCUUGUUAUUAAGAGCACUGUAGAAAAUUUUGAGUUAGUUUCUUUGUGCUGCACGAAUUUAUUUGCAUUAAAACCAAUCGAAAGGUAAUUGAAAAGUUAAACGAACCUUCAUGUAGGUGACGUCUGAUUGAAAUUCAUCAGUAGCGAACGGAGGAGCAGUACAAAACAUUGUGUCGUUGUGUUUGUGAACCAGUCUUGAGAGAGUACAAUAAAUCAAUGACAAUGCUUGAAAAUGGCUUUGAAAAAAGAAAACAUUUGAGUAAACUAAAUCUUUUCGUCUGAUAUUUUUCAGAGUUGAAAACGUCAGACCAUAGAUCGAAAACUCUACGCUAGGAAACAUAUAAACCAAGUUGUGGAACGAAAUAGGCCAAUCAGAAACACGAGCACAUGACUGUUGAGGUUGCCCAAUCAGUCCCGCUUGCCUAUAGGGAUUGUUACCAAUGGAGUCCUUAAGUGGAAAAGUGGAAAUGAACUCCUUUUGUCUACCCAAUAGCUGCAGACAAAACAACCCUCUAUCCUGGAGUCAUAGAGCAUGCGCUCAUUUCUUUUACACUAGAUGUAAAAUCACUAUACACAAAAAUUUCUCAAGAUGAGGAUAUCAAAGCUUCCCUCGAUACCAUCAAAACUCAUUGUGGGGAGACUACCCCACUGCAUGUAAAAUAAAACAAAUGGCAAUAUUUAUACCCAAACAAAAUUAUAUUGCUCUCUCAUUUUGAUAAGAACAAUUUUAUAAGAACCCGAGCCAUUAAAUUGGUCAAAAGGGAUCUUAACAUGCCUAUGCCUUGCCUAAAUUUAGAAAUAACUGAUCGAAAAUGGCUAGCGAAUGACAGUUUGGGAUCUAGUAUGGCGCCAAGUUGUUAUUGCUCUUGAACUCUCAUUACUGGAGCUCCAUUAAAAAGGAUGAUUCAUUGGAAUUCUCCGUGUUCAAAAGAUAAUUUCUACUUUCUACUGCUGGUUGGGUCAGGAUUAAAGGACAUUUGCCACCUAAGCGCCCACAGUUCAAUAAUGCAGCACAUCAACUAAUGCAGCAUAUGCAGCUUAAAGUAUAGUAGCAUCUAGACGUAAGCAUGUAUUGUAAACAAUUUUAUAUGAUAUAAAAAAACUGCGUAGAUUGAUGUGUCAUCGGCAAAUAAGUUUUCCUUACACUUUAAGCCAUCAGUCAAGUCAUUGAUAUAGAUAAGAAAAAAAGAGGACUCAAGAUAGAACCUUGGGGAACACCGGCUGAAAUAUUACGCCAUGUAGAUGCUUUGCCAUUCAAAACAGUACGCUGUUUUCUAUUGUGAAGGCAACUUUCUUCAAACACUUUUCUUUCGCCUCCUCAAUUAAAUUGGAUCCCUGAGAUACCACAUUGGCAAUGACCUCUCGCUUGCAUUCUGGCUGUUCAUUUCUGAUGAAAGUCUUAUAAGCCCUGUUCUUUUUCAUGAUGAAGUUUCUAAUUGACUGCGUUAUCGAAGGUGCCUGGACAAAUCUGAAUUUGAUUAUUUUGUUUGGUAUAAGGUUGGAAAGUAUAUUCAGUAAAAAACUUCAUUCAGGUUUUUAACUUGAAGAUCUAGGGAUUUUGACUUCAGAGAAAUUGUUUUAACGCUUGCAGUGAUCUUUGAUUGCAGUGAUCUUUGUUCUAUCAUAGCCCAAAUUCUGCGUUUAUAUCGAGGUGGAAACAUAAUUUUUAUACUUAGUUUACCAAAAACAAUCUGACUGGUUUUUUAAAGACGGGUAAGACCUGAUUCAAGAAAUAAAUUUGGCUGAUCAUUGUAUAAAACAUCAAUGCAAGAUUGAGAAUUUCCAGUUAAGUGUGUUGACUAGAAAACUAAUAUCGUUUGGGGCUGAAAAGAAGUUGAAUUUGUUUGGUGUCAAGCAGCUUGAAAUUCUUGUUGAUAAAAAUCUCAUCAACACAACGAUGAAUUAUAAAUAUUUAGAUCCUAUUUUAACAUUUGCGUCAUGAAACCUUAUGCAGAACGAUGGUUUUACCAGUUUAUAGCAAAAAGUUUUUUUGGGAAGUUUUAAAUCGCAUCAUAAUUACUUUGCAUUUAUUUAUGCUAAACCUUAAAUAGAUAUAACGCCUCCAAAAGAAUAGUUUUCUUUUAACUGAAUUUAUAUAAACUGUUACUCAAGCAGCAUCUUUCUCAAAAGAGGCGUGGCAGCAUACAAAUCGAUGAUGUCACCAUAGUCUAUCGACUGUAAAAUAUCACUUUCGACGUUGAUUGUUAUCAGAGAGGAAAGG